AUGAAUAUUGCAGAGCAUUGUAUCGAUAAAUUUGAUUCACACUAUACGGAUUCAUGUGGGGUUGGAGCAUGGGCAGAGAAGUGGUAUUUCGAUCAUCUGACUGGAUUAUGUCAUCCGUUCUGGUACGACGGCUGCUUAUCGACAUCGCAGAAUAUUUUCAACGAUCGUGAAACGUCGCUACCGAGCAGUACGGAUGUCACUUCGAAAGAUGCCUACCGAUGUCUCGAGGAGAAAUCGCCUGGAAUGUGCAAAGAAAAGUAUCCAGCGUACUUCUAUAACAAGGAAACACGUCGUUGCGAACCAUUUGCUUACAGCGGUUGUGCCGGAAACGGAAAUCGUUUCCUGACUUUACAACAAUGUGAGAGCAUAUGUAAUCAAUUCCGAAAACUUUCAGCGAUCGAAACUGAUUGUUAUCUGCCGUUAUCGGUUGGGAGUGGACGUGGUGAUAUGCACUGUCAAAAGGAUGCUGGAUUCCGAUACUACUAUAACAAAGAUUAUGGUCGCUGCGGUAAAUUCUGGUAUUUUGGCUGUGGUGGAAACGGAAAUCGCUUCUUCACAUACUCCAGCUGUGAACGAGUCUGUAGACGGUCAUCGAUCGGUGAACCACGAGAACCGUCAAGUAAGGUAUGUUUCUUACCACGUGAAAAAGGCGAAUGUGCAAAAGGAACGGAUCGCUCGCAACAGAGAUGGUGGUAUAAUUCGGAGAAGUUGAUGUGUGAAACGUUCACGUUCAGUGGAUGCGGUGGAAAUGCAAAUCGCUUUGCUAGCCUUUAUUCAUGCAAAUCGCAUUGUGAUGGCUUAAUCCGUCCCAAGUCACGUACGUUUUCUCGAUUAGCCAAUCACUUUUUGCAUUAUAAACCCCAAUUUCUGGGCUCGGUUGUGAAUGUACAUUUGCGAUCGUCAGAUAUCCUAGAUUUGAUGAUCAUUCGGAAUCAAUGGUCCACUUUCCGCACCCGGUACUCAUUCUGCGGGAUCACCCAUCCAUUAUUCUUUAUUUGA